AUGUCUGAAAUUGAUAAGAAAACCGUCGCUACCAUCCGUUUGUUGGCAGUGGAUGCAGUUGAUGCUGCACAAUCUGGACACCCAGGUGCCCCAUUGGGACUUGCUCCAGCCGCUCACGCUGUGUGGCAACAAAUGAAGUUCAAUCCUUCAGACAAGAAGUGGAUCAACAGAGAUAGAUUCGUUCUCUCCAACGGUCACGCUUGUGCCUUGUUGUAUGCCCUUUUAACCCUUUACGGGUUCGGCUUGACUGUGGACGACUUGAGACAAUUUAGACAAUUGAACUCCAGGACUCCAGGUCACCCAGAAGCCUUGGAUGUUCCAGGUGUUGAAGUCACUACUGGUCCUUUAGGUCAAGGUAUUGCCAAUGCUGUUGGUUUAGCUAUUGCUCAAAAGCAAUUUGCUGAAACCUACAACAAGCCAGACUUGACUCUUAGUGACUCUUACGUUUACGCUUUCUUGGGUGACGGUUGUUUGAUGGAAGGUGUUUCCAGUGAAGCCUCCUCUUUAGCUGGUCACUUGCAAUUGAACAAUUUGAUUGCCUUCUGGGAUGACAACAAGAUCUCCAUUGAUGGUUCUACCCAAGUUGCUUUCACCGAAGACGUUAUCAAGAGAUACCAAGCUUACGGUUGGAACACUUUAGAAGUUGCUAAUGGUGACGAUGACUUAGAAGCCAUCACUCAAGCUAUUUUGGAAGCCAAGAAGAGUACCAACAAGCCAACUUUAAUUAGAUUGGUCACUACCAUUGGUUUCGGUUCUUUAGCCCAAGGUACCCACGGUGUUCACGGUGCCCCAUUAAAGGCUGAUGACAUUAAGCAAUUGAAGACCAAGUUUGGCUUCAACCCAGAUGAAAAGUUUGUCAUCCCACUUGAGGUCACUGAAUACUUGGCCAAGCACGUCAAGGCCAACCAAGAAGUUGAAGCUGAAUGGAAGAAGACCUUAGACGCCUACGUUGCUAAGUACCCAACUGAAGGUGCUGAAGUCCAAAGAAGAUUAUCAGGAAAGUUACCAGAAGAUUGGGAAAAGACUUUACCAUCUUACACUCCAGCUGACAAGGCUGUUGCCACUAGAAAGUUGUCUGAAUUGACUUUAGAAGCUAUUCACAAGAACUUGCCAGAAUUAAUUGGUGGUUCCGCCGAUUUGACCCCAUCUAACUUAACCAGAACUACUGAUGCUGUUGAUUUCCAACCUCCAUCAACUGGUUUAGGUGACUACUCUGGUCGUUACAUUAGAUACGGUGUCAGAGAACAUGGUAUGGGUGCCAUCAUGAACGGUAUUGCUGCCUUCGGUGCCAACUACAAGAAUUACGGUGGUACUUUCUUAAACUUCGUCUCCUACGCAGCCGGUGCAGUCAGAUUAUCUGCCUUGUCUCACCACCCAGUUACUUGGGUCGCUACCCACGAUUCCAUUGGUUUAGGUGAAGAUGGUCCAACCCAUCAACCUAUUGAAACCUUGGCUCACUUCAGAGCUAUUCCAAACUUAUCUGUCUGGAGACCAGCCGAUGGUAAUGAAACUUCAGCUGCUUACAAGUCAGCAAUUGAAUCUACCUCUACCCCACACAUCAUUGCCUUAACCAGACAAAACUUACCUCAAUUGGAAGGCUCUUCUAUCGAAGUUGCUUCCAAGGGUGGUUACACUUUAAUCAAGCACGAUAAGCCAGAUGUCAUCAUUGUUGCUUCUGGUUCCGAAGUUGCCAUUGCUGUCGAAGCUUCCAAGAAGUUGGGAUCUGAAGGUUUCAAGGCUGGUGUUGUUUCAUUGCCAGACUUCUUGACUUUCGACAAACAACCAUUUGACUAUCAAUUAUCUGUUUUACCAGAUGGUGUUCCAAUCUUGUCUGUUGAAGUUAUGUCUACUUUCGGAUGGUCUAAGUACUCUCACGAACAAUUCGGAUUGAACAGAUUCGGUGCAUCCGGUAAGGGACCAGAAAUCUACAAGUUCUUUGAAUUUACUCCAGAAGGAGUCUCUUCCAGAGCCGCAAAGACUAUUCAAUUCUACAAGGGUAAGACUAUAUUUUCUCCAUUGAACAGAGCUUUUUAA